AGUCUUAUAACUGAGAGGUUGUCUUCACGACGUAAUUUGAUAAACCACGUCUUGUGGGUAGUCUCUCCCAGAUCGAACCGUCACGGUUUUGCUUCUGUGCAUCUUUUUGUCUGCCUGCAGCUCUCGAGCGACGCAGCAUCUCCAGCUCCCCGUUACUGAGCCGUAGUAUCAGGGUGGAGGCAGCAGCAGUGUGGUGUUGUUGUGGUGUCUGUAGGUCAGUGGUGUUAAGGUGUUGUGAAGGAUAAUUUUGUAAAUGAGUUCUGACAGCGGGAGCAGAAGCAGGAGCAGGAGCCCAAUGGAACGUAAGAUCCGUUCUGAUCGCAUUUCCUAUCGCGAUGCACCUUACAGGAGAGAUUCGCGUCGGGGUUACAGCCGAGACAACCUGUGUAAGAAUUGCAAACGUCCAGGUCAUUAUGCUAGAGAGUGCCCUAAUGUUGCAAUUUGUCACAACUGUGCCCUGCCUGGGCACAUUGCUUCAGAAUGCACCACAAAGUCGUUGUGUUGGAACUGUCGAGAACCUGGUCACAUGGCCAAUGACUGUCCCAAUGAGGGCAUCUGCCACACCUGUGGUAAGGCGGGACAUCGUGCUAGAGAGUGCACGGUUCUGCCACUGCCACCUGGGGAUUUGAGGUUGUGCAACAACUGCUAUAAGCAGGGUCAUAUUGCAGCUGAAUGCACAAACGAGAAGGCAUGCAACAAUUGUAGGAAGACAGGCCACCUCGCACGCGAUUGUCCAAACGAUCCUAUCUGCAACUUGUGCAAUGUAGCUGGGCACGUGGCUAGACAGUGCCCAAAAACCAACCUUAUAGGAGAACGGGGCGGCGGCGGCAUUCGCAGUAAUGGCUACCGUGACGUUAUAUGCAGAACCUGCCAGCAGCUAGGUCAUAUGAGCAGGGAUUGCAUGGGCCCCUUGACAAUCUGUCACAACUGUGGUGGCCGGGGGCAUCUGGCAUAUGAGUGCCCUUCCGCCAGGUUUAUGGAUCGCUAUACAAGGAGGUACUGAUGGAUGCAGACCAUGUUCAGGACAAGCUAUUUUUUUAUAUUUAUUUAUUUUUAUCGUCCUUUUAAAGCCAUAUGUAUUGGGACUUGAUAGAUUACGAGUGUAUUUGAAGCUUUGUGGUAGGGAUAUUGCUGAAUUAGUUUGUUUGUGCUUGAGUUUGGAAUAGGCCAUCAGAACUUUAUAUUAAUAAAAGCUGUACGCCGAUUGUUAACUAACCUA